GAUACAUCGUGAGUGGAGGAAUUUUUGAAGACGUUGUUUGUUUGAUUUUACGCUCAAACUAAGUUUUUUUUUGUACUGCGUAAAUGCUGCCCUUUAUCCGAAUAUAUUCAAGACAUCGAUAGAGCAGAUGGCUCUGCAGGUGACAGUAAAUGGAAAGUUCGGGGCCAACUUGAGGCGGCCCGUCAGCCGACUGGACGAUCCCGAGCGGGUGCGCAAAGACCUCGAGAGUCAGCGUCGCAUAACCCGUUUGCAGCAGGUGCGUGAGAAGUCCAACCACCUGGCUCGCCACAUACGCGAGGAGGUGGCGGCCGAGAAAAAGCGUCAAAUCGACAAACUGGAGCAGGUCAAGCAAAAGGAGCUAAAUGCGUGGCGUGAGCAUGUUUUGGUCAAAAAGCACCAGGACUACCGCUCGGCCAUUUUCCAAGUGGGCGCCGCCCACCGUGCCGCAAGGGAGGAAAACGAGCGCAUCGAGCAGCAGAAGCAGGAGAGAAUCGAGAAAAUCCAAAGGUGCCGCAAGCAGGCCUUGAAAAGAUCAGGAAAAGCCAGUGUGGAGUUGAGAGCCACAAACGGAAUGAAUCUGAAUGCGGAGGGACGUGCGACGGCGGGCACACAGACGCCCGUGGUGGAGGACAAGGAGAACCGGUUGGCCAGUGGCUGUCACAAGCCGUGCUGCAAGGGAAAACGCAAAAGGACAGCCAGCUGCAGUUGUGCCGCCACCGAGGAGGAAGGGGAGGAAUCCUCCGAAGACGACUCUUCCAUCCUAAUCAGCGACAGCCCCACCAGCAACCGGCGUCUGCAGAAGACUCCGCCCGUAAUACUGGACGUGGAAAUAGAAGAAACCAUUUCCGAGACCCACAAAAACCCUGAGGGUUUAGAUAUCAACGAUCGGCACAUUCAAACCAACCGCAAAUUCAGCCAUGUGGUGAGACCCAGUGAGGAUGAAGUCCAGCGACGGCCGAGGUUCACCCAGAUCAGCGAUCUGGUGAGGAGAACCGAGACCACUACUACUAUACGAACUGAUCCAGGGCAGCAAGGGGAAGCAGUAUCUGCUCCGCCAAGUCCCACGAAAUCCCUACCAAGAUCGCCCAGGAAAACUUUAGAGCGUGAGGAAGCAGUUCCCGCUGCAGCGCCCAGAAAAUCACCGACCAGGGCGGCUACAGGAUCGCCCAAGAAAACGUUGACAACAUCACGUAAUCAGAAUACAGCCAAGCGAACGGUCUUGAAAUCGAAUCCAGCUCCUGCCAAGGUUAUAGAUGCGGGAAUUCGAAAGGGUCAGAAGCCUCAGAAGGCCCCAGCCACUCUGCCCAAAGUCACAGCCAUACAGGAGCCUCCGCGAAACCUACAACCCAUUCCGGAGCAAAACAUGCCAGCUAUGCCAAAUCCCACGAUGACCCAUUGUUAUCCCGUGCCGCAAGUUCAACCAUAUAUGCACCCAUAUGCCCAACAGCCGAUGCAACCAUAUGCGAUGCCAUAUUCAAUGCCAUUUCCCAUGCAACCGCAGUAUCCACAGCAUCAGCCGGUGUAUGCGCCGCAGCAAAUGAUGCCGCAGCAGCCAGUGGUUCAUGUUCCAGCUGUAACUGCUCCACCAAGCACGGCCACGCAAUCGACCGUCUCCACCACCACUUUUGUCAUGUCGACGCGGGGCGAUCCGAAGACCACUCAAUCCGGACGCGUUCAGUUCUACGAUCAUGGCAAUAAAUACCAUCGAACGUACGAUGCUCCAACGCAAACAGUGCAGUGCAAUGAGAAGGAUGCCGGCCAACUGACUGCAAUGGAUCAUGCUCGCAUCGAGAACCAACUGAGGGAACUGCGGGAACAAGAACUGGACAAACUCAGAAAAAUCAGCAACGAUCGUGGUCAGAAGGCUCUGGAACGCGAGCAAGUGCGUCGGGAUUGUGCGGAAUUGACCGAGAAACUGGAUGCCCUCACCCAACAGCAACCACAGCUUUUGCCCAGCGAUGCCAACAUUAUACCGAGCCAUCGGUUCGCGGAUCAGGCUGCGAGGCGGGAGCAGAAAAUGAACGAGGCCAUGGAGCAGAUGCUGCUGCGACCGGCCAUAAUCACCUGCCCAGAGGUGCGCUCUAAACCCACUCCUCCAAACACGUCGCGUAGCAAAUUGAACAAUCCGGCGGCACUCAAUGUGGGCGAACCGCCUAUUCAAAUGGGUCGCGAUAAUCUCGGCAGCACAGAGAGCUGCUGCUCCAUCCUCCUCGACUAUGUGGAUGAUCAGAGCAAGCAGCUGAGGUCCGACUUGAAGGCCGAACAGUCCAACUCCCUGAAAUCCAUGAGGUUGCGGAGUUUGCUUGAGCGUAUCGAAAAGAUCCGCGUUCAGUUGCUGGAGGAGCUGAAGGCGGGCGAGGCAGUCGGAUCGAGGAGUGACAACGCACAGGAGAUGAUCGAUAAUAUACGGCAGGAGCGAGCGGAUAUUCUAUCCGAGAGAACCAAGACGCUGAACGAACGAGAGUCUGAUCUGCAGCAAAAGGAGGCUAUUCUGGAGCAGCGUCUAAGGAAGUUCUACAAAGAGACAAAAAGUAAAAAAUCCAGUGAAGGGGAUCAGGCAAAACCAUCCUCAAGAGAUGACGGUCCACUGGAGAUCAUCAUCAAAGUAAAGAGCGACGGCACGGUAAAGCAAUAUGUACCGAGAGGUAAAUCGAAAGUAAAAGCCAAACCGGCAACCAUCGAUAAUGAAAAGGAAGUACCACUGGAAGCAGAACCAGAAAAGCAGCCAGAAAGGGAAAACGGAAAGCAAACCCUGUCACAGGAUCACCGACAGAUAUCCAUAGAUUCUAACUCCACCGCCUAUCGCAGUCUGCCGCCGGUGAGCUACAAGAGUUUCAAUCCGGGCAUGGGUUCCAUGCCUUCUCCGCCGGCUCCUCCUCCUGCAUCGGCACCACUGCAUCCCAUGGUUGUCCAAUAUAUAAAUCGCCUGCUCGGAAUGACCCGUCACAGCAUAGAUGAAAUGGGUGUUAGCUCCUCGUAUGUGGCCACACCCACGACAUCAAUAAUCAACUCAUCGAGAAACAUGACGCCUUGCGUCGAGGCUGAAACGGGGAGAACUGAGGCAACUCCGGAUGAUGCGACUGCGAUGCAUGAGCAGCGCAUGGAACGGGUGCAGACCUUCAUUGACGACAAUCGCAGCUUUAUCAAUGAGUUGGAAGACUCGAUUCGUUGCCAGCAGCAAAUGCAAAAGGAGCAGAAAUCCCAGGACAAGGAGAAGAGUAUACGGGCAUUUGAUCAGUUAUGGAACAAGCGAUUGGCCAAGAAUCUAGAAGAAUGUCAGCCAAGCACCAAGGACAAAGAGCAGAUAAGGGAAAUGAUGCAGGGGGAAAGAGUAGCUUCCCAGGGAGAGAAAGUUAGGCAGCAGCGAACAAACGACAAAGUGCAACAGCAAAGAGAUCAAAAGGGCAAGAAACAGAGUCCUGGCGGAAUAUCUCUAAGCCUCCCAACCGAUGUCGCCAAGAGUACGCCUCGCUUUGCAGCCGAUAAGUCGAAAUCGCAGACUGCCAGUGAAGAGUCCUCUGCCCGGAAUAUGGAGCGUUAUGCGCAGCUCACGGAGAAUUGCACGCAGCGAAUUGCAGAGCUCACGGAUCUGAUUACCAAGGUGCGCGAGGAGAAGCAGCGACUGGUGGAAGUCACUCUCACUUCGAACAGUGAUGGUGAGCGCCAGUCGACGGAGUACUUUGACCUCCCGAAUGGACAACGACAAGCCAGAUGCCGGACUUUGUCCGAUCGCAGUGAUUCCCAAACGCCCUCCACAUCGGAGGCGUUGCCUCUACAGAAGAAUAAACCAACGGCAGCCAGCAGGGAUAGUGGCAUAGCGGACUCGCGUCCCAUUACCGCCCAGGGACAGGUUAACGUAGAUGCGGAACCCAUCUCGCUGAAUUCCUCGACGCAAGGCAAUACGGCUCGCGGGCGAAUGAAGGCUCCGCCGGCCACAAUUCGGCGCUACAGUCCUCAACUGAAUGCCGAGGAUCUGGCGCACGAGCUGUCCACGAUUACGGAAGUGGAAACGCCGGGACAAUCGCACAUAGUUGCCGCUACUCCAGUGCCCAAGCCGUUUCCCAGCUUCGAUGAGUACGCCAGGGAACUGCAGCUGGAUUUGGCCCGCUUGGAUGCGGAUCAGAGCCAGCGCCUGCAGAGCGAAUUCAAUGAAUUGGUCCACGUUAUCAAUCAGCGCACCGAAGGAGCUGACUACCGUGAGUUUCCUAGCAUAAAUGCCUAUCUCCAUAACAUGACCAGCACCCGUAUCCACCUGGAGAUAGGUCAGGACGCCACUCUGUCGCCGGGAGAACUGAUGCGACAACUGCGUGUGGUCGAUGAGAAUAUACAGGACUUCCCCAAACGGCGGGAGUACCUGCAGAAACUGCUGGCCCGGCAACCCGCCGAUCAGAGGGAACUGAUUGACAGUGCCAGUCUCGAACAGGAUUCUUCGGAUUCCUUUAACGUAGAAGAAGAACUGCGCAAGCGAAAUAUCCUGAAAAACUCAUUUCGACGUGGUAAUGCGACGGAUCAGGAAGUGGCCAGCAGCACGCGGCGGGAAAGCGUCGCCCCGGCGAGAAACGAUCCACCCAACGAGAGUGGCAUUGAUCCGCUGUCGGGCAGCAACUUUUCCAGCGACGCGGAGCAGCGAGCACAGUGCUGGCAUGCCACAAUGCAUCAGAGGCAACAGCAGGCGGAUGAGUUGUGCAGCAGCACCACCACCUCCUCGCCGGAACGGCCUCCACGGAAGUCGAGGCUGCGUGGAGGUCAGGAUCGGAGUUACAGGUCCAAGGAUGACUCUACUACGGUGCAGGAUGCAAGUCAGAUAGGAAGAUCCCUCAACCUAAGGGAAUUCCUCACUCGGGAGCUCCUGAAGCAUCGGGUGCACAACGGCGACACUUCGGAGUCAUCAGAUGAGUCCUUGAGGGGACACUUCCUCAAGUCAGUUCUACACUCACUCUCGCCCAGCAGCAUUACGCAAACUCCGGGCGUGGGCCAAAGCCAUGCCACCGGAGCCACCAACGACAGGCAAAAGACGUCCACGCCAGUGGGAUCAUUCCUCUCCAUUCCAGAGAAAUCCGGGUCCGUUAACAGCACUGGCACUCAACUAUUCUCCGGGGAGAGUCACAUCUCCCUGGUGAACUAUCCAGAUGGAACGCCACCCAUUCCUUAUGAACAAAAAAGUAAACAGAGUACAAACCAAACUCGCCAAUCCUCAGUAAAGACAUCCCAUCGAAAGUCACCUCGAAAAUGAUCGCACAGCUUUGCUCAAUUCGUUUGCUUAGGUUUUAAAUUGUAUUAUCGAUUUUUAUGACAAUUAUUUAUAUUUUAAUAAACUUUUUGCAAUUAUGUAUCCAAAAAAUGACCAUCGAAAACGAUUUAAAUUUUAUCACCAAUUUGUAUGAAAAUUAUUUAUAUUUUAAUAAACUCGUAAAAUAUUUAUUCAA